CGACCAAGUAACUAAGUUUGUAUGUGGCAGGAGUUGUUUAAAUAAGCGGUUCCACGACCAUUUUCACCGUACUGAUCAACCCACCUGUCUUUGCGCUACUCUACUAUCUCCCCUCACCUCAACCCAUCACCGAAGGAAUGUCUCCUACACGCGAUGAGCUCUUAUGCACGGCUCUAGACUUUGUCGCCCAAUUUGCCAAACUCGACCCCGAAUCAGUCCUAUCAUUUCUGUCACCCAGUUGCACCCUCCGCUCCUUCCCAUCCAGCCUCGGCAAACCGCCUUUGCAAACCAAAGAAGAAAGCAAGGCGGACUUCCAAGGGCUAAAGGAUUUUUUCCACAAUUUCCAGCUACGCGUCAAGGACGGUGCGGAGCCAGUCGUCGACGAGCCUGCGAGGAAGGUUGUACUGCAUAUUGAGGGGAAAGGGGAUUCCCUGGUGGGUCGGUUCGAGACCGAGUACAUCUACAUCCUCCAGAUGAAUGAGGAAGGAACAAUGGUGGAGGACUUUUUCCAGUUUGCAGAUUCGGCAACGAGGGAUGCAUGGGGGAAGAAAAUUGAGGCGCAUUUUUCGGCGAAGAAUUAGAUAGGCUGUGUUUGGGAAAGGUUCAUAGAUAAUGGAACCCAGUACGGCAACUAUAUUUUGCUUUUUCUGUAUAGGUAGACCAGGCACACCGCACUUAUUAAUAUUAGC